UUUUUUUCUGACCAGUCAUUCCCAUUUGAAGGGAUACCUGUGGACCCCCUCCCUUCCCAGCAAGCCAAAGAAAGCCACCUGUUUCUGGAGGAGGAGACUACAGAAGAAGACAGAGAACAGAAUGAUGUAGUGAAACAUUGUAAGUGUGGACUGCACAAAGGCUACUUUCAGUGGAGAACCAAGAACAGGAGUCCGAUACAGAGGAAAGUUAGGAUCAGCGCAUUCUGAAACAAAACACAAAUGAAGGGUUGAUUUGGGGUCAAAUAAGUCUUCAUAGAAGAAGAGUGACAGAUUAAAAUGUGUAAAGAAACAGUGUUGGUAGAAAGAAGAUCUGCCGGGAAAGUAUAGACUGGAGCACUAUUAGAGACUGAAAUUUAUCCAACUCAAACCCACCUUGAAGACUCAGAACAGCUGCACACAAACUGGAGGAAGAGGGAAAAAAAGUGAUUACAGCUCUGUUGUGAGGAAACAUUGUCAGACAAGUUUCAGCACCGUAAAACAGGUAAACUCUGCAAUGCAGGAAAGCAAGACAGUGUUAUUGUUCACUGAGAUGACGUCCAUAGGGAAAAGUCAGAAAUGCCACUCUGAAGACUUUGAGGAAGCCAGAGGGACCAAAGUGGAUCCUGGACCAGAACCAGAAUCUGAGGACCUGGACUGGGACGGCUACAGCACCACACUGGAGCACAGAUUGGCAGCUGAGCAAGAAAACGUCCAGGCGUCUGAGCAGCGGUGUGCCCAGCUGGAGAAAGCCCACCGUGAGCUGAAGCGUCAGCUGUCGGGCCUUUCAGAUCGCUUGGAGGAGGAGGAGGAAUGCUCGGCUCAGCUUGUCCUCCACAGGGACAGGCUGGAAGCAGACUGCGGCAACCUCAGACGAGACCUGGACAAUCUGGAGAGAGCCCUGACUGUGGCCAAGCAGGACAAACAGUUGUCAGACAGUGAGGUGAGGAGGCUGACAGAGCAGCUUUUGCAAAGGGAGGAAGCCGUGCAAAAGCUCCAGAGGGAGAAAGAACAUUUGGUGGAGCUCAGCAAGCAAGCUAUUGAGGAUCUGCAGACGGAGGAGGACAAAGUGAACCUGCUGACUAAAGAGAAAACCCAACUGCACUUCCAAGCUGAAGAUCUGGAGUUCCAGCUGGAGCAGCUUCAGCGUGGUGAGCCUGAGAAGGCCAGGAGGAAGCUGGAGGCAGACAGCAGACCUACUAUGGACAGCUUAGGAGAGGUAGAGAAGAUGAGGAGUGGUUUGGAAGAUCUUAUCAAAAGGAAGGACUUAGAGAUCAGCAGUACUAGCACUAAGCUGGAAGCAGAGGAGGCCCUCAACAUCGGACGAGAAAGGAGGAGCAAGGAGCUGCAGGCCCGCAUCGAGGAGCUGGAGGAGGAGCUAGAAGCAGAACGUGCCAUUAGAGCUAAGGUGGAGAAGCAGAGAGCAGAUCUCACCAGAGAACUCGAUGAACUCACUGACCGGCUUGAGGAGGCAGGAGGGGUCACAGCUUCACAGAUGGAGGUGAACAAGAAGCGGGAGGCUGAACUUCAGCGUCUGAGAAGAGAGCUGGACGAGUUCUCUCUACAAUCCGAAACGCUGGCUGCAUCUCUGCGUAAGCGGCACGGUGAGGUCGUGGCAGAGCUGAGUGAGCAGUGUGAAGCUCUGCAGCGAAACAGAAUCAAACUGGAGAAGGAGAAACAGAACCUAAGGAUGGAGGUGGACGAUCUGGCUGCAUCGGUGAACAGUCUGCAGAAAGCCAAGAUGUCAUCAGACAGCCAGGUUAAGAAGUUGGAGGAACAGCUGUCUGAGGCCAACAGAAGAGGAGAUGAGCUGCAGAGGACACUUUCUGAGCUCAGUGUGGCAAAGAACAGACUCACAGCUGAUAACGCAGACGUAAGCCGACAAAUGGAGGAGGCAGAGAGCAGAGCAAACCAGCUGACCCGCUCCAAGACUCUGCUGCAGUCACAGCUGGAGGAGCUGAAGAAGCAGUUGGAUGAGGAGGUCAAGUCUAAGCAGGCGGUUGGCAGCAGCCUGAGUUUGGCGCGACAGGAGUGUGAGGUGCUGAGGGAGCAGCUGGAGGAAGAGCAGGAGAGCAAGCAGGAGAUGCAGCGCCUCGUCUCCAAACUCAACAGCGAACUGACGCACUGGAGGACGAAACAUGAGGCUGAUGCCAUCCAGCAUGCAGAUGAGCUGGAAGAGACUAAAAAGAAGCUAGCAGCCAGGCUUCAGGACGCCGAGGAGGUUGUGGAAGCCACCCAGGCAAAAUGCUCCUCAUUAGAAAAAACUAAGCAGAGGCUGCAGGGAGAGGUGGAUGAGCUCUGCAUGGACCUGGACAAGGCCAGCAGCUGCGGUCAGGCACUGGACAAGAAGCAGCGGGUCCUGGAGAAGCAACUCGGAGACUGGAAGCAGAAGUGUGAGGAGCUGAUGACCGAGGUGGAGGGCUGCCAGAAGGAGAGCAGGCAACAUGCCGCCGAGCUCUUUAAAGUCAAGACGGCUCACGAAGAGUGUCUGGAGCUGAUGGAGGCUGUGCGCAGGGAGAACAAGGCCUUCCAGGAGGAGAUAGCCGACCUAACAGACCAGCUGUCAGAUGGAGGUAAGAGUGUCCAUGAGCUCCAGAAAGCCAAGAAGAAGAUUGAGAUGGAGAAAGAAGAGCUACAGGCCUCACUGGAGGAAUCUGAGGCAGCUUUGGAGGCUGAAGAGACCAAGGUGCUGAGGUUUCAGCUGGAGUUGUCUCAGGCCAAAGGAGACCUGGAGCGCCGACUGCAAGAGAAGGAGGAGGAGGCUGAAGCUGGGAGAAAAAGCCACCAGAGGGCGAUAGAAUCCCUGCAGGCCAGUCUGGAUGUGGAGGUGAAAGGCAAAACAGAAGCGCUGAAGCUGAGGAAGAAACUGGAGGCGGACAUAAACGAGCUGGAGGUGCAGGUUGACCUGCUCACCAAGAACAAUGCAGAGUUCACCAAGAAUAGCAAGAAGAUGCAGCAGCAGAUCAAGGAGCUGCAGGGCCAGCUGGAGGAGGAGGUGCGGAGCCAUGAGGAGCAGAGAGAGGAGCAGGCAGCCUUGGAACGCCGCUGUGUUCUGUUGGUCAGCGAAGGUGAGGAGACCCGCACAGCCCUGGAAAGUGCAGAGAGGGCCCGGAAAGUCCUGGAGACCGAGCUGCAGGAUGCCAGUGAGAAGUACAGCGACCUCAGCAGCCAGUUUCAGUCGGCUCUAACCGGGAGGAGGAAGCUGGAGGUGGAUCUCCAGACACUGCAGCAGGAGCAUGAGGAGCUGCAGACAGAGCUGAGAGGCUGCACAGACAAGGUCAAGAAGGCCGGCUGUGAGCUAGCACGUGUCGGAGAGGAGCUGCGUUUGGAGCAGGAGCACACACUUCAUCUGGAGAGAGCAAAGAAAGGUCUGGAAGGCCAGAUUAAAGAUAUGAGCACCAGGCUGGACGAGGCUGAACAGAUAGCUCUGAAAGGAGGAAAAAAAAUCAUUCAGAAGCUGGAGGGGAAGGUAAAGGAGCUGGAAAUGGAGCUGGACUCCGAGCAGAAGCGACACGCCGAGACGGUGAAGACGCUGCGGAAGAACGAGCGCCGUCUGAAGGAGCUCCUGUUCCAGUCCGAGGAGGACCAGAAAACCCAGCAGCGGAUGCAGGAGCUGGUGGAGAGGCUGCAGAACAAGAUGAAGGCCUACAAAAGACAAGUGGAAGAGGCCGAGGAACAGGCCAACAUGAACCUAGCAAAGUACAGGAAGACUGUCCAUGAGCUGGAUGAUGCUGAAGAGCGGGCUGACAUCGCAGAGUCAGCACUGACCAAGAUCAGGACUAAGAACAGGGGCAGCUUCGGCAAAGGAUACUCCUCUGGAUACAGCACUCCGUACCCCGGCCUGGUCAGGUCACCCAGCUCUGUAGGCUCUGAAGGCAGAGGGGAGAAGAUUCUCAACGACGACAACGAGUCGGUCAGCUCCCUCAUCCCAGCUUAUAUCAACUCGCUCAAGAAGUUGAUGAUCGAUUAGGGGGACUGGAAUAUCUGCACCUCUGCUUGUUUUGGCAAUCGAAUGUCCUCGGAAGAAUUAAGGAGUGCUACAGUGUUAAUGUAGGAACAUCAGAAAGCCUCAGCAUUAGAUUCAUAUAUAAUGGGCAUCACCUUUCUGUGUAUACUGUAUUUGCCUGUCGUCAUCUCCUCCAUUCUGUGUUAAAGAUCACACCGCCAACAAGUUCCAACUUUAUAAUUUCUGCUUUUAAAUGUAUCCUUACUUAAAACUACACAUCAUUCCUGCAUGCCAUCAGCUCUCUGAUGGAAUCCAAAGCAUGCUAAAAUUUCCAAAGGUUCCUGAAGUUUAAAGCAAUAAAGGUCUAAGGCAAUAAAAUAAAAACUAUUUAUAGUUAUUCUCCAUAUGUUAGAAUGGCCAUGAUAAUAAAAUCUGCUAGAUUUUGGGGCAUUUUCUGAUAGACUUUUGAUCAUUUUAAGCAUAAAUUAUUAAUUCAAUUUUUCCUCGCACUCAAACUGCCUCCCUGAGCAGAUUAACUCUUCUCGCUCAAAUCUACAUUCUUGGAUGGCAGAAAAGUUUUGCUCUCUUGUGCCACGAAGUUGUGACUCUGCCUAGCAACAGCUUUAGGAAAUAAGAUGAAAGUGGUGAGAUCACUGGCUUCUUCGGAGUGCGCUUGUUUUAUUCACAGAGUUCACUCCAGAUGAUGGCAAACUAACAAAAUAACUGACAGCCAACAGGUAGAUCAGCAAAUACUGCUGUCUCUCAGACACUAACUAUCAAAGCCUCUUCAUGGACUUCGAAUAUUGUCAAGGUGUGAUGAUCUAGACCUUUUUUUUCUACAAAACUUGGGCCGUCUUGUCUAACAUCAGCAACCAUAAACUAUGGACUAUGUUUCAGAAGCCAUUCAACAGCUAAAUUUGCAUGCUUGUUGAUGGAAAGCAUAGUUUUAUAUUAAUAUUAUAAUUGCCUCCAAUAACAGUUUCCUAUUAGCUAAUUAAAAAUGCUGAAAUUAGAGAUGCACCAAAAAAUUCUUGUGACCUGAAUCGUAUGAUUUUCAGGCCAGUAAUCAGCCUGAAAUACACCAUUACUAAGGCCAGCUGGAUUUGCUGCCACUCUUCUGUGCUUAAAAGUGUAACUAAGAGAGCAAGACUCAAAUCAGCCAUUUUUAUUUUAGCUUCAGAUGUUAGUCAUUUUGCAACUUUGCUAUUUUGUACAUUUACGGUUUUGAUCAGCACAGGUUGUCGAUUUGUACCCGUUUUGGGCAAGCUUCCUCAAAUUUAAGAACUGAACGUACUAAAACAAGCUUUAGUAGUGUUUAAACUCUCUGUUAUGGAACAUGUUGGACUUGGAAAUGUUGGCAGCCUUCUAAGAAUAUCUGAGUUAUGGUAAUGGUCUGCAUUCCCUAGGGUAUACACACAGAGACCACUGUUUACAGUUAGCAAUGCUAACCUUGCUAAGCCCUGUUAUCUGCUAAUAUGAAAUGCUCAAGACAGUUUAAAAUGUCAAUUCCAAAUCAUUUUGUCUUUGCUUUAAAACAGUAAAGCACUGCUUUCUUACACACACUGUGUGAUGUCACCUCUCCUAAUAUAAAUACUUAAGAACCAUACAUAGGCAGGUGAGCUAGGAAAUAAUUUGAACGCUGUUCAACAGAUCCUUAAGAGAAGUCUGUAUCAACAAGUCAAAGUGUUACAAAGCCUCAGAUCAGAAAUUGGCCACAAAACUCUGACUGGUGUAUCUCUAGUUAAAACUGCAUUAAUUCCCCUCACCUCCUUAAUAGGAAUUUUGGAAAAAUUAUUUAGACAUUAUAUUUCACAAUGCUUUAUUCAAUUAAGAUGCUAAUGUUAACUACACAGUAAAAUGUCACAUAGUAUUUAGAGCUUGUUUCUGGUUCACUUGAUUUCUUCUGCAGAAGCAGCAGCAAGCCCAUAGUUUGUAAAAUUAGUUAUCUUUUCAGUUUUGGUUUAGAAACAGCAAUAAAACAGAGCACAACCUUGUGGAAGGUACCACAUAGCUGAUUUUUUUGAAUGCAGCAGUAUCUUUGUACAUUGGUCACUGCUAAUGUUCUGUUUAGUGUUCUGUGUUAAACUUAAAAAAAAAAAAACAGGUUAUCUCUCUAACACAAUAGUUCUAAUUUAAUAAGCUUCCAAUGCUUAAGUAUAGUUAACUCACACGCUGACAUGGAAAUGUUUUGCAGAUCAACAAGCAAUAAUCAUAACUGAAAAUGCAUCUAUAAUAUUUGCGCUGUCACACUGCCGUGCUUAAGAGAGACCAACCAUCAGCCUCCUUCCAUUAACCCUUCCCCACCGUAACUUGAAUUGGAUGGCAACCAAGCGCAGCUCUGUAAACUUGGCUUUGGUUAAAGCUGUUGUGAACAUUAGCUUUGACCAAUAAACCAAUAUAAACCGUCACCAUCUUUUAUAACUAAGGUGACAUCAAUGCCCCUUUUCCUAUCAGUGCUAUUAAGUGUAUUUUCAGUGCAAUUUACCUAUUGUAUCUCUGUCCAAACUUGUACCCACAGCUUUUAUUUUAGUGCCUAAUGAUGUAACAAGGCAUGACCAUAUCAUUUACUGUUUUAAUGUGAAAAUUGUUUUUUUUAAAGAAAAUAAAUUUUUUUUCAUUUUUGGCA